AUGGCUGCUUCCUCGUCGCUGCGUGUGCUGCACUCGCUGCUGCUCUUGGCUAUCCUGGUGGGCUCCGUUCAGGCCGGCUGCGAUCCUCUCACCCUACCAGAUGGAUCCUCUGUCGACAUCACCAAACUUGCCAGCGACCGCGACUAUUACGCCGUGGACACGCGCGAGAGCAACAAGUUUGAAUACGAGAUGAACAUCUGCCAGCCCCUGCAGCGGGUUCGCAACGGCUGCACGAAGAACGCGGCCGUCUGCCGUUUGCCUCUUGGUCAGACGACUGGCACCUCCAUCGGACCGUCUGAUCCUGCCAAGACUACGUUUGAGUGGAUGGAUGCCGACCAUCCCGAAUUUGGUGCCCGCCUGACUUAUCAGGGGGAUGACACGACUUCGGAGAUUCGCUUCACGUGUGGCCUGGGCGUGGGUGGCCCCGUCUACCUUGAGACCAUUGCUGAAGACAGCAUGACGGUUUUUGUAUUUGACUGGAAGACAGAUCGUCUCUGCAUCAACCAAACUAUCCCGGCCAACGAAACUCGCUGCACCGUUUAUGACGAGAAGACUGAUCUUUCAUACGACCUCUCCCCGCUCAUGCGGAGUCUCUCCAACUGGCAAGCCAUUGACGCUGCAGAAGGCAAUGCCUACGUUUACGAUAUCAACGUCUGCGACCCCCUUGUCGAUAGCGCUGCCAUCGGUGGUAACUGUGGCAACGAGGGCGAAGCGAUGUGCCGCCGCACUCGCCAGCCUGAUGGGAGCCUGACUGACCCCGUCGCCUUGGGUCGAGCGACCCGACCCACCCUCAGCGACGACGGCACCAUCUACAUCAUCACUGCUUUUGGAGACAAACCAUCAAGCAUCAACGACACGGCAUUUUGUCCUGAUGCAGAUGACAGCACGUUUGCCUCCUCGCGCAUCGAGUUUAUUUGCGACAUCAAUGCGGGCUCGGGUCAGCCAGUUUUGAUGGAAGUUUCCGAAGAUUGCGUCUUUACGUUCCAUUGGCGUACCGUGGCGGCUUGCCCUAUCGGGGAUACCGUGGGACAUGACUGUACCGUUCGCGAUCCCGUUUCUGGCCAAGUCUACGACUUCCACGCUCUGUCUCUACCCAAUUCUCAGCCGUAUGUGGCGUAUGACGACAACUACAAGUUUGUGUUGAACGUUUGUGCGGCCAUUCAGGGAUCCGUUUGUGGCCAUAACGUGGCCGCUUGCCAGGAAGAAAGGGGGGCCAACGCCACGGGCUCUUUUAAUCUUGGAGCCCCCUCUUCCGUCAUUGAGAUUGUGGAUGAUACGCCCACGCUGAAGUACACCGCGCCCACGUUGGGUUGUGGAGGACGCAUGAACCGCACGACCAUCAUCACUUUUGUCUGCGUCAAGGGGCUGACUAACAUUGGCACACUCGAAUAUGUGGCCGAGACAUCGACUUGCGUUUACGAGUUUAACAUGUUCACCGAGCUGGCGUGCCCAGAGACCGUGGAUGCCAUUGAAUGUUUGGCCACAAACCCCAUUACUGGCGAGCAGGUGGAUCUCUCUGCCCUCACCCGCAGCAAUCACAACUGGGAGCCUGUGGGCUCGCAAUCGUUCUUCAUGAACAUCUGUGCUGAUUUGAUUAAAGAUGAUGCUACGGCCGCUUGCGAGGCAGGCGCAGCCGUUUGUCGCAAACAAGGAACCUCCUACGAAUCAUUUGGCAAGGCCGUGGCACCGUCUUACAGCGAGGGUAUCGUGACCAUCACAUUUGACGCCCUCUCAGACGCCUCACCCAAGACGACGCGCUUGGUGUUGCACUGCAACGAAGAUGCUGGCUUGGGUCGCCCUCAGCUGGAAACCGUUGUGCGCUCCGACUCGUACGCUCUCAUGACUUGGACUUCAGCCUAUGCGUGUCCCAUCAACUCGAAGAAAGGCGAAGCAUGCUCGAUUACUGAUCAGGCUACCGGCACGGCCUUUGAUUUCACCAGCCUCAAGGGUAGCGAUCUCAACUUUACCAAUGGCAAACAGUGCCGUACCAGUAACGGCCAUCCCGUGUACAUUACCACUGUGGUUGAUCUGAUCUGUGAUCCCUCGGCCACAACAAGCAAUGGUCUGACACUAUUUCAAAACAGCGGUACCUUGCCUGACCCCUGUGGCUACCAAUUUGAGCUGCGGACCCCGUUUGCCUGCGAAAAUGCCAACCAAAAUACGGAAGAAGAGUGUGUUGCCCUUGAUCCCUCUGGUAACCAGUAUGAUCUCACGCCCUUGAUUCGGACCACAACCAAUUGGCUUGUUCCCGAGAUUAUCGACGGCGAAUUCACCGACAACAGUUUUGAGCUCAAUGUGUGCCGUGGCUUGGUCCAAGAGCUGGGCGAAGUUUGCAAGUCCACUUCAGGUGCCUGCCAGCGCACGUCAGAUGAUCACUUCUCGCUCGGUAACCUCUCCCAGCCUCAGUAUGACUCCGCGGCCAAGAGCUUGUUCGUCGAGUACACUGGUGGCUCGUCCGAGAAUUGCCCAACUGGAGUUUCCCGUUCAGCCCGCAUCGACUUUGCGUGUGAUUUGACCGCAGGCCUUGGUCGCCCCCACUUUCUGCAUGAGGAAACCACGUGUCGCUAUAUUUUUCAGUGGGUUACUUCAGUCGCCUGUCCACGCAGUCAACUGAAUGCCUCGUGCGAGGUCGAGGAUCCCAGCACGGGCGACUUGUAUGAUCUCGCCAAGCUUGCCUCGAAUGAAGGCUACAAGCUUCAAGGCGUGAGCAAUGGCGAAACAUACGACUUUGUGGUUGGCGUCUGCCAGCCGCUUGACUCAUCCGUUUGUGGGUCAGAUCGCGGUGAUGAUGUCAUGGCCUGCCAGCUUUCAAAGUCAAACUCAGACAAGUUCAGCCUGGGUGUGGGCCCAAUGGGGCCCCAAUGGGUGGACAACGAGCUCUUGUUGUACUACUCGCACGGAACUCCCGUGGAGAUCGAAGGCACCAGCUACCUUCGGAGCGCGGUCAUUGACUUUGAGUGCGAUACCACGGAAGAUGGUACCGGGAGCAUCGUGUUCGACACUGAGACGAGUCACGGCUUGUACAAGUUUACGUGGAGCACAAUUUACGCGUGUCCUUUCACGGCUGCGGCCGCAGAGUGUCGAGCCUUGACCCACAAGAAUGGCAAGGUGCUUGAGUACGACUUGCUGCCUCUCCUCAACAAUCGCCGCAAUUAUGUCGUGCAUGCCGAUAUUGAUGCGGAUGGUACGCUCGACGAAAUGCAAAUCAACGUCUGCCGGCCCUUGGUUACAGGCAGUCAUCAAUGCACGCGUGAUCAAGCUGCCUGCCACGUUGGUUCGACGUUGAGUGCCGACGAGAACUGGGGCAAGGUGGCCUCGCCCAUGGCCACUGCCAGCAGCUUGGAGAUCCACUAUGAAACCGGUGCCAACUGCACCAUGAACAACAACACGGAUCUCACUCACUCCACGCUCAUUGUGUUUGAGUGUGCCAUGGAGAAUGGCUCACCAAAAUCAGGCGUGUACGGCGAACCUGUCUAUGAGUAUACUGACAACUCUUGUACCCACCACAUGCGCUGGGUCACUUCUUUUGCCUGUAGCGUCGAUAAUUUCAAAGGCAAUGACUGCCACGUUGAGAACGUCGUCACGGGUGAUUUCUUUGAUUUCUCCUCCCUGAAAAACAAAAAGUUUCAAGCUACCUUGAACGGCGGUGGAGCGAUCUCAGUUGGCGUUUGCAGUGCUGCUGACUCGUGCACGACUGGUGCCUGCUUCCGUCAAGGCUCGGCGACAGGCGCCCUGCACGACGCUGGCGCCAUUUCUUCGAUCCCCGAGCUUGUGGAUGGCGUCGCAACCUUUACGCUUACCGGCGGUGAAGCUUGCAAUGGCGGUUCCCGCAAUUGGACAACGGUGCUUACGAUGGAAUGUGAUCUCGCCGCUCAGACUGGUGAAAAUCAAGAGGGUAGUCUCGUCGUCAAUUCUUUCGACGACACCGAUUGUGUGAUCAGCCUUACCCUGUUCACGACUUUGGCGUGUCAUGAGGGUGAAUCGGUUGACUGCUUUGUGGAGGACCCCAAGACGGGCGCCACCUAUGAUCUCUCGCCCUUGUCCAAUCCCAAGGAGAACUGGAUCGCCCAGGAUUCGCGCGAGAAUAACAAAUACGCCUAUGCAAUCAAUGUGUGCCGCACCUUGGUGCCCAUGAUUGAUUUCCCUGACUGUUCUGACAAUAUGGCAGCAUGUCAGAUCGGCUCCUCCGGCACCACACAGUUCCAGGAACAGAACUUGGGACACGCGGCCUCGCCUCGGUUUGUCAAUGGCUCCCUCGUGCUCGAGUAUGAGGGUGGCAACGCCUUCUCCUCGGGCCUGGCGCGCCGGACGCAUAUCGAGUUUGUUUGUGGCUCAACACUGGGUGAGCCGAUCUUUUUGGAAGAGAUUGCCAACACAUACUACUUCUUGUGGAUUUCGUCUGCGGCCUGCUCCACAGACGGCAUUAGCCCAACAUUGCCUGCGCCUGACUCCGGCGCUUGCCGUGUUCAAGAUCCUGUCACUGGUGAAGACUACGACUUGAGCGCUUUCAUGCAGCGUGGCCCAGUCAUUGCCAAAAAUGAUUUUGACGGCAAGGGUACGAGCUACACCUACUCAGUUUCCAUUUGCUCCAACCAAGUGCCCUGUGGUAACGGCGUCACCUCGGGCGUGUGUCAGAGGGAGGACACGGCCGACAAACGCUUCUACAACCUGGGAUUUGCCAGCGAUCGCCCUUCAGUCGUUCGCGCUGGCUCAGAGUCGAACCUGCAGCUCAUCUACGAGAGCGAUGCGCUGUGUCAUGAAGGCACCGCGAAUGAGAAGAACCGGUCUACUGUCAUCACGUUUGUGUGCGACCAAACCGCCGACGAUUCAAACAGCGUGCCCGAGUUUGUUGAGGAACUCAACGAUUGCACCUAUAUCUUCCGGUGGGCGGCCAAAGCUGCCUGCGAUCCCGCCCCUUCCUCGACCAACUGCGUCGUCUUUGACCCCCAGUCUGGCAAUCAGUACGACCUCGGCACGCUGACACGCGCCGCGGGUGAUGAGAACUGGCUGGCCGUCGAUGACCGCGGUUCGGAGAGCUACGAGUACUACAUCAACGUGUGUCGCAAUCUGAUUCGCCCUGUAGAUGGUGACGAUGGCGAUACCUGCCGUGGAGCAGCCAUCUGCCAGGUGAAACGCAACUCUACCGACACGGUUUUUGCCCUCGGCCGCCUUGAAUCAGGCCCUGAGUUUGUGGAUGGUGCUCUCUUGGUGCAGUACUCCAUGGAGGGCGACACGCAAAACCUCUGCGCCGGCGCAGUGCCCCGCUCGACCGUGAUUCGCUUUGAGUGUGGACCCGGUAGUCUCGGGGCUCCCGUGUUUGAGGAAGAGCUGGACUGCAAAUAUUUUUUCGUGUGGCGCACCUCGGCUGCUUGCCCCUCAACCGUGGUUAAGGGCCAUGACUGCGAGAUUGAUAGCUUUGAGAAUGGUAUCGGCAUCAAUCUGCAAAGUCUUCGUGGCAAGUCGGUACACUUUGCGUCAAAACACGGUCCGCUGGAAGUGGGUGUGUGCCAGGCUCUCUCCACCUCUGGCUCGUGCGCCAACUCGGGUGCUUGUUUGACAAACAACGGCAAGCAGGUCAACGUGGGUUCGGCCAACGCGGAUUUGACCUGGCUGGACGAUCAGGCAACACUUGUGUACACGGCAGCCGAUGCCAAGUGCGCGGGCGGCAGCACGAGCACUGUGAUUGUGUUUGUUGGUGACGACGGUGCCCUGGGCAGUGGCUCGGCCUCUUUGGACAUCGAUGAAGAGUGCUACCGCCUUGUGACGUGGCGUACGGCGCUGGCCUCCUCCUCGACUUGUGAGAAGACGUGCGUCGCCUACGAUGAGGCUACGGGCAACGAGUAUGAUUUUUCCACCUUGGGACGCUACAAAGACAACUCCAACUGGAUCGCAGAGACGGCGGACCACGAGUUUGAUUAUGUGAUCAACGUGUGCCGCUGCCUCACCCCCGGUGUGGCUUCCAACCAGUGCAGCGGAGAGGCAGGUGUGUGCCAGGUGAAGAAGGAUGGUUCUCAGAUCUUCAACGUUGGAUCGCCUGCAGAACCUGUUGUGCGUGACGGCGUCGUUUACUUGCGCUACACCAAUGGCGAUGCGGACGGUUGUCCCACCAGCGCUGAUGGCAUUCAGCGCCACCGCUCAACGUUGAUUGAGAUGGUGUGCGACCCCACUGCGGACGAUGACACUUUGCCAGUCUUUUACAACGAGACCAAGUCAGCAUGCCAGUACAUUUUCACAUGGAACACAAGCCGCGCCUGCCCUGUCAAGUCGGUGACCAGCUCAAACGGGAUCAUCAAGACGGAUUUGGGAACGCUGGACUUUUCCACGUCGAGUACGGCCUCUGCGCGUUACAAGUUCCAGCCGUUCAGCGGCACGACUUGCAGUGAUGCGUCGUCAACCCCAUCAGGCCUCUGCGGUAAGGACGCCCAAGGCAAUUGGGUGUCCUUUGGGGCUGUUCGGCCAUUGGUGAAAUACUCUCCUGCGGCGCGUGAAGUGCAACUGAUUUUCGAGAAUGGCGACGUCUACAAGAGCGGCAACACCAGCGUGCAGCGUGGGGCUGUUGUGGUGGCUGAAUGUGGCCAGAGGGAAUCAAUUGUCUGCCGUGAAUCAACCUGUGCUCUCAACGAUCCUGAGCUGUACCUGACGUGGACUUCACCUGACGCGUGCGUUGAAGCGCCGCCUUCUCCACCUGGCCCACCUAGCCCACCUAGCCCACCCGGACCUCCCAGUGGCAGCACCACGGCCAGCCCGGCCAGCCACGGUUCAGGCAAGAAGAAGAAUAACACAGGUGCCAUCGUGGCCGCCGUUAUCAUUACAAUUGUAGCGGUUGCGGCGCUCGUGGUGGUGGCGUUCAAGAAGGGAUGGAUUGGCCGCAAGACUGUCAACUACUCGGUCAUGGCUAGUGCCACGACGGAUGAUUUUGAAGAUAGUGACUUUGACGAUGCUUAAGCCCGUGGCUAGACUCGGGCUGGAAUUUCGCCCCUUUGCCAAAGAUUUUCUUUGUUUUGUUUCACACUUUUUUCAGUUGCUUUUUUUCCCCCUUGCUGUCCCCAGUCUUUCGUGGUCACGUGGUGCCUGUCUUGGCGGUCCGCAAUUGAACCACACCCAC